AUGACUGAGAAAAAUGAGGACAUUCGGAUUGUUCUGCUGGGGAAGACAGGAGCUGGGAAGAGUGCAUCAGGAAACACCAUCCUGGGGGGAGGGGGGAAUUUUGAGUCAAAAAUGUCCUCUAUUUCUGUGACAUCAACAUGUAAAAAGAAAAGAGGAGAGGUGGGUGGGCAAAGUGUAGCUGUUAUCGACACACCUGGCUUGUUUGACACCAAGUUAACCCAGGAGGAGGCAGUGAAAGAGAUCUCACAGUGCUUGCUAUUCUCUGCUCCUGGUCCCCAUGUGUUCCUGGUUGUGAUCGCGCUGGGAAGAUUCACUGAAGAGGAGCAGGAAACUGUGGAGAUGAUUCAGAGAUUCUUUGGUGAUGAAGCAUCCAAAUACACCAUGGUUCUCUUCACACAUGGAGACCUUCUUAAAGAUGAUGAUGUAACAAUUGAAGACUUCCUGAAUGGAAAUACAGAUCUGGAAAGUUUACUUUCUCAAUGCAAGGGGGGAUAUCAUGUCUUCAACAACAAAGAUAAGAAUCCCUCCCAGGUCACUGAGCUGCUUGAGAAGAUAAACAAGAUGGUGAAGAUGAAUGGAGGAAGCCACUACACCACUGAGAUGUUCCAAGAUGCAGAGAGGGUGAUUGAAGAAGAGAAGGAGAGGCUCCUGAAAGAGAACGAAGAGCAGAGACUCCGAGAGAUGGAAGAACUGAAGGCAAGAUUUGAAGGAGAAUGUUUAAGGGAAGAAGAAGAGAAGCUGAGGAAGAAACAGGAAAGUGAAGCUCGAGAGAAAGCUGAAAUAUUAAGGAAAGGUGCCAUAAUCGGAGCAGUUGUGGGAGUAGUUGGGGGCCCACUUGGUGUGGGAGUUGGUGCAGCAGUGGGAGCUGGAGUUGCAGCUAUAGUAAAUAGAUGCAGAACACGAUAA